CAGUGAGAGAGAGAGCUCGCAGAGAGCUUCUCCUGCAGGGCAUCGCUGUAGGUCUGACCCCUGCAAAUGGUACUUAAAAUCCCUCUGCGGAGAUCUGUCAGCCUCAUCCCUGAACACCAACCUCCUGCAAGUCCAGCAGAAAUGACUGGACCCACUGCACUCAAAAUGGAAGCAAAUAUCUUAGUUCUUGGUGCAGACGGGGUCGGGAAAUCAGCCUUAACUGUUCGGUUUUUAACCCGACGUUUCAUCGGUGAAUACGGGGAACUGGAGUCUAUAUAUAGCCAUAACGUCACUGUGGAUGGAAAGGAAGUACUGUUUAAUAUUUGGGAUUUUCCGUAUUCAAAGGAACCAACUGAUGAGAGUUGCGCAGAAGAAGAAAAGCGCAUCCAGUGGGCCGAUGGGUUUGUCCUUGUCUACAGCAUAUGUGACCGAGCGAGCUUCAAUAUCGUCUGCCAAACUCUUCAGCUCAUCAAAGCAGCUAAAGACUGCUUAGGACCAGAGAAACUACCCAUUGUCAUUGUGGGCAAUAAGCGAGAUCUUCAUCACCUGCGAACUGUAUCCAGCGAAGAAGGAAGGCUUUUGGCUUUAUCCAUGGACUGCGACUUCUACGAGGUUUCCGCAGCUGAAGCUUAUCACGGAGUUCUGAUGGUUUUCCAUGGUUUGGUGGACAAGAUUAAGGAAUCAAAGCUGGUUACAAAGAGAGGGACAGGAAUACGAGGCAUUGUAAAGAGUAUGUCUGCUGUAUUCGCCAGGAGAAGAACAGACUCUCUCUGAUGCUUGAAAUAUUUGGCAGCCAUUAUCUUGACAUGUCACACGAGCAGAACAUCUGGAACUUGUUCCUUUUAUUGUGUUUGCCCAUGUAACUGAUUUUCCUACUGUACAGUGUACUAGUGCGUGUGUGUGUAUGUAUGUGUGUGUGUACAUGUGCGUACAUGUGGGAUGCAUCAAAAUAUACAUAUAAAAUUAUUUAUACUCUGCUUAGAACUUUCUCUUUAAAGUCAU